UUGGCACGGCCGGGAGCGUCAGUGCGCGUUCUCUCUGGCGGCUGAUGCUGAUGCUCAGAGGACACGGAGUGAUUCGAGCAUCACCGGGAACCGACUGAAUUAUCGUGCCAAAUCUUCGGGCUUCGGUAGGAUGCGUCAAGACGGAUCCAUGCAGAUGGCUGCGACACAGAAAGAAGGAUCUGACCAGAACUUCGAUUACAUGUUCAAAGUGCUGAUCAUCGGCAACAGCAGUGUAGGAAAGACGUCGUUUCUCUUCCGGUACGCUGACGACUCCUUCACGUCAGCGUUUGUGAGCACGGUGGGCAUCGAUUUUAAAGUCAAAACUGUCUACAAGAACGACAAGAGAAUCAAACUGCAGAUAUGGGAUACUGCCGGACAGGAGAGAUACCGCACCAUCACCACGGCGUACUAUCGUGGAGCCAUGGGCUUCAUCCUCAUGUAUGACAUCACUAACGAGGAGUCGUUUGGAGCGGUGCAGGACUGGUCAACCCAGAUAAAGACGUACUCCUGGGACAAUGCGCAGGUCAUCCUGGCGGGAAAUAAGUGUGACAUGGAAGAGGAGAGAGUCGUGUCUACAGAUAACGGCAGACUGCUGGCAGAGCAGUUGGGUUUUGAGUUUUUCGAGACGAGCGCCAAGGACAACAUCAACGUGAAGCAGACCUUUGAGCGUCUGGUGGACAUAAUCUGUGACAAGAUGUCGGAGAGUUUAGAGACUGUUCCCGCCGUGAUCACAGGAACCCAGGGAACAGCCCGGUUAACAGAUAACCCUCCUCCACUACAGCAGCAGCCCAACUGUGCCUGUUAGUGCUCAGUU